AUACCCAUGAGUUGGGGGUUGGGCGCCCGUGAAGAGCGCGGGCGAUGAAGAUUCCUAAAGAUGGCGUGGAGGAUCUCCUCUACGAGAUCAUGUACUUCUCUCCAGUGGAGCUUGGGGACGAGCGGUACACCAACAAGCUCUAUUUUCAGACAGAGAUCUACCACCGCACAUGGCCCACACUGAUGGCAGAUCGAAUGUCACACCAAAUUGAGAAGCUCAAACACUGUGAGAUGGGCAUCGUAGCCUUUGAUGACGAAUUCAGGAAGACGCAUCGUGAGGCCGUGAUUGGGCACUGCAAGAUGGCCUUGGCCUACCUUGAUGCACGCGAAGCACGCAUUGCCAUGAAGCUUUGUGAGCAGUGCAUGCCUGCAACCAAAUCCUCUGAGCCCCGACUCCAGACGGAUCCGAACGCGGAAUUUGACUUCCUCAGGAUCAUUGCUUUGUCAGUGUUGGCCUGUGCAGCACGUCGUGUGAAGUUUUUCCAGAAGGCCAUCGAUGCUUUGGCAGAGGCGAAGAGUUUGUGCCUCGCGGGCGGCGAUAGCAUCCAACAGCACCCGCUGCUGAUCGCCCUCACCUUGCUGAAUCUCUCGGCGGUCUUGGGUGACAUCGACCAUGAUGAGCAUGGGCUUCGUUGGGGCUUGGAGGCCUUGGCCAUGAUGUACAAUCUCUUUUCCACUUUGGAGCUUCCAGAGAUGGUACAGGCCUAUUACCUCUCCCUGGCAUGUCACAAUGCUGCGCUACUCAAUGUGAAGCUGGGCCGCUGGGGUGAUGCACAAGAGCUGGUGGAUGAGGGCAUCGAAUUCACCAAGAUCCUUGGGGAGAAUGAUGACAACUUGCGAAGCAAGCUCAUCACCAUAGGCGCUCAGGCCAAGCAUGUGCCGGAGGUCUUCCUGGCUGAAGCCGUGAACGCGCUGAACGGCUGGAGUGAGGAGAGAGGCGUUUGGAAUCUUAGUUUUUGGGACUUCAGCCUCUUUGAGAUGAAGGAAGUCAUCAGGGUGCUUCAAAGCACCUUGACGCUGAACAAGAUCAUCAUCGACCAAAAAGAUGAUGAUAGGCGUUACGAGAGCAGUGUGGAAAACAUUCACUUGUCUGAUCUUAUGAAGGCGGUGGUAGGGUGCCACUGCUUGGAAAUCAUUACCAUCGCAGGCAUCGACUUCUACCCAAGAAAAGUGUGGCGCCGUGUCAAGAAGCGCGGGUUUCUAGAGACCAGAUGGUACGCCUCGGCUCUGAAUUUCGCGGAGGUCCUAGGUGGUGCCCAGACACCAGAGACAGGAAACUAUGACGGUCUGCUCUUGGAGUUGAAUCACUUCAUGAAGAAGGUGGCAAUCGCCUUGUUGGUGGUGGCCAAUGAGACAGAAGGCAUCAACCUGUCCAACAAUGGAAUUAAUUUGACCAGCAUCAGCAUGCUGGUCAAUGCUUUGAGCGACGCUGAAAGGCUGCCUCGCACGCGUCCGUGUCGACAGCUGAUUUUGCGCAGCAAUGACAUUGGUGUCGCAGCUGCACAAGAGCUGGCAAAAAUUUGGGAUGCGGCUGAGCCGCCUGUGGAGGAGGAGGUGUCAAGUGGCUCAGAUGAGUUUGCGGAUGAGGAUGAGGAGUUCGACCCUACGUUGGAGCCUCCGGAGAGAGAUGACUUGAUGGGCGUUACAUCGUUGGACGUGUCUCAUAACACAGCCAUCGGGGACGAAGGAUUCCAGGCGAUUGUGCACGGGAUCUCCCGGUACAACUGCUUCAAGGUUCUCACUGCCAACGCCAUCAGCCUUACUGCUGGUGGCUGCUUGAUGGAAGGAUUGGAGCAAACGAGGUUGGACACCUUGAGCUUGAACCAGAACAACUUGGGUUGCGAGGGCGUCACAAAGCUGUGCGAGGUCCUCGCCAGGUGUGCACGUCUUCGUGUCUUGGAGCUCGAAGGAUGCGGCAUACAGCAGGAGGGUGCGAAGGCCUUGAGAGAGCUGCUGAGGAGUCACUUGAAACUCCAAGAGAUCUCAGUGGCACACAACAAGCUUUGUGAUGCGGGUGCCAUUGAGUUCUGCUCUGGUGUGGCGGAGUCCUCCUUGAAGAGCGUCAACUUGGCUUACAAUGAGAUUGUCAGUGACGCGGCUUCGGAGUCUGUCGGAGACAUGAUGAGGAGCUGCCACAGCUUGCUAAAGCUGGUCCUCUCAGGGAACACCUUUGACCACAUGGGCCCUUCACACAUCGGCAAGGCAAUCGAGCACAGCCGCGUUUUAACUCUGCAGCUUGAGGAGAUGGGCUUAACUGCUGAUUCAAUGAUGGACUUCUUAGACCAAGGAGCAGCCGAGACUCAGGACCUGCAAGAGCUUAUGCUGAACAAGAAUCCUAUUGGAGAUGAGGGUCUGGCCAUUAUUGCCGAGAGUCUGAGCAUCGGUCUGAAGAACCUGCGGAUCUCGCAUUGCGGUCUCACUCACAACUCCCAGGCCAUCCUGCUCAGCCUGGUGUCGUUGUCCCCCAACCUUCAGCGCUUGGAUUUGUCCUACAACGACCUGGGCCCCAAGGGAUGUGCAGACAUGGUGAAGUGGAUGGAUCAGAAUGACAAGGAGUCCUUCUCUUUAUGCUUCUUGGAGCUUUCGGGUUGCAAUCUCACGGAUGAAGGCUUUCAGCUUUUGGUGCCCAUCAUGGGAUCUCUUCGAUACCUCGGUGUUCGCGACAAUGGCAUCACAUCAGCAGGUUUACAAGGGGUGAUGAGCGCCAACAAGAUGGUGAAGCUCCAAACCCUGGACCUGGAGGGAAAUCACAUCGGAGAGCCGAACUGGCAUGGGUCUAGAUAAGCUUCUGAGACCCAAGUGAGCAGCGCCGUAAACCUCCCUUUACAUUUUUGUUAAGAGCUUGGUCAUAAGGAGGGUUGGCGUAAGCAAAAGUCUGCUGCGCGUAAGGUUGCGUAAGGUUUUUUCAACAUAACCAGUGGCGUAAGGGCCAAUCAAUGAAAACAAGUUGUUUUUAUGAACCAAGGAAUGAUCAGACAUGGCGUAAGGUCCGCGUAAGCACUGCGUAAAGACAACUUCGAUUUCUAAUCAAUUGCCCACGCAUGGCGCCAGCUCAGACUUUGAGCAGGCAAGCAAGAAAGCGCAAGCGCCGGAGUGAGGCCAUGAAGUCUGACCAGGUGUUUGAUGCAGAAUCCACAUCGUCCUCAUCAAGCAUAUCAUCUAGUCACUCUGCAAGUAGUGCUGCGUGAAAAUGGUAAGCUAAAACUGUGCGCGCGCAAGGAAAGCGUAAGUCUCAGCGUAAGACUUCCCAUACGACCUUUCAAUCUAUCAAGGUUUCCAGCACAGCUCAAGUGUCCUUCGCACAGGUCAGCUGUCCACUUCCUUUUGUUUUCACAAACCCCACAUGAAACAGAGUAUUUUCUGCGGUGAUUGCAAGAGCUCCACCCAGUGAGUGGAUGCAUCGUGGUUGAGCCGGUUAAGCUGC